CGGGGUCCUCAGAGCUGCCGCGCUGGCACAUCUUCUGGAGAAGGGGAGGGUGCGGUUGUAGAGAGUUAAGACCUUAGACGCUCUGGAUUCCUGUGUAUGAGAAUGGAGCCGUUGGAGGGGUGGUGGAGGGGGAGACUUGGGAUUGGAGUCCAAAGAAGGCUCAGCUCUUGCCAGGCCAACUUGAGACAUGUCUGACACAAGUGAGAGUGGUGCAGAUCUAACCCGCUUCCAGGCUGAAGCUUCAGAAGAGGACAGCAGCUUGGUGAUGCAGACUCUACUGGCAGUGACCCAGAAUUUGGAGGUCUCAGAGGCACCCAAGGCCUCAAAGACACCAGGGGUCUCACAGCGCCUAAAGGUCUCAAAUGCUCCAGGGGGUUCAAAGGCCAUAGAGGUCUCAAAGGCCACAGUGGUCUCAAAGGCCCAAGAGGCUCAGGAGGCAGCUGUCACCCAUACCUCACCUACCCCUCAGCUGACUGAUACCCAGGUUCUGGUAGCUGAAAACAACAGUCCAGCAGCUGACACCAAGAUGCAGAAUGCUGACCUGCAGGGUGUGCCAAUGCCUGCCACUAAGACCAAAAAAGUCAGUUGUGUGGCUAAUACCCAGGUCAGUACAAAGUCCCUGGAGACAGAGGUUGCUGCUUCUCAGGCUCCCACAGAUGAACCUGAGCCUAAGGGUACAGCUACUGAGACUCAGGAGAAUCAGGAUACUCGGCCCAAGGUCAAGGCCAAGAAAGCCAGAAAGGUGAAGCACCUGAAUGGGGAAGAGGAUGGCAGCAGUGACCAGAGUCAAACAUCUGGAAACACAGGUGGCCGAAGGGUUUCAAAGGCCCUAAUGGCCUCAAUGGCCCGCAGGGCCUCAAGGGGCCCCAUAGCCUUUUGGGCUCGCAGGGCUUCAAGGACUCGGUUGGCUGCUUGGGCCCGUAGAGCCUUGCUCUCUCUGAGGUCACCUAAGGCCCGUAGGGGCAAGGUUCGCCGUAGAGCUGCCAAGCUCCAGUCAUCCCAAGAACCUGAAGCACCACCGCCUCGGGAUGUGGCCCUUUUGCAAGGGAGGGCAAAUGAUUUGGUAAAGUACCUGCUGGUUAAAGACCAGACGAAGAUUCCUAUCAAACGCUCAGAUAUGCUGAAGGACAUCAUCAAAGAAUACACUGAUGUGUACCCUGAAAUCAUUGAACGAGCAGGCUAUUCCUUGGAGAAGGUAUUUGGAAUCCAGUUGAAGGAAAUUGAUAAGAAUGACCACUUGUACAUUCUCCUCAGCACACUAGAACCCACUGAUGCAGGCAUACUGGGAACGACCAAGGACUCACCCAAACUGGGUCUCCUUAUGGUGCUUCUUAGCAUCAUCUUCAUGAAUGGAAAUCGGUCCAGUGAGGCUGUCAUCUGGGAGGUGCUACGCAAGUUAGGGCUGCGCCCUGGGGUGCAUCACUCGCUCUUUGGGGAUGUGAAGAAGCUCAUUACUGAUGAAUUUGUGAAGCAGAAGUACCUGGAUUAUACCAGAGUCCCCAAUAGCAAUCCCCCUGAGUAUGAGUUCUUCUGGGGCCUGCGUUCCUACUAUGAGACCAGCAAGAUGAAAGUCCUCAAGUUUGCAUGCAAGGUGCAAAAGAAGGAUCCCAAGGAAUGGGCAGCUCAGUACCGAGAGGCGAUGGAAGCAGAUUUGAAGGCUGCGGCUGAGGCUGCCACUGAAGCCAAGGCGAGGGCUGAGAUUAGAGCUCAAAUGGGUAUUGGGCUUGGCUCUGAGAAUGCUGCUGGGCCCUGCAACUGGGAUGAAGCUGAUAUUGGACCCUGGGCCAAAGCCCGAAUCCAAGCAGGAGCUGAAGCUAAAGCGAAAGCCCGAGAGAGUGGUGGUACCAGUGAAGGUGCCAACACAAGUGCCAGCAGUGGCUUCAAUGCCAGUUCAAGCCUGACUGCCACCCUCACAUUUGGCCUCUUUGCUGGCCUCAGUGGAGCUGGCACCAGCACCAACGGGAGCUCUGGUGCCUGUGGUUUCUCCUACAAAUGAGAUUUCAGAUAUUGCUAAUCCCAGCAGUCUUUUCUUCGAGCCAGGGUGUGUCCUCAGAAACCUACUCAACACAGCACUCUAGGCAGCCACUAUCAAUCAAUUGAAGUUGACACUCGACAUUAAAUCUAUUUGCCAUUUC